AUGGAGGCCACGGUGGUGUGCGUGGACAAUAGCGAAUGGACGCGCAACGGCGACUACACGCCGGACCGCUUCCAGGCCCAGUCGGACGCCGUGAACUUUUUGGCGCACGCCAAGUCGCAGGCCAACCCGGAGAGCGCCGUGGGCGUGCUCACCAUGGCCGGCAGGGCGCCGCGCAUGAUGGUCACGCCCACCUCCGAUCUGAGCAAGGUGCUGAACUGCACCGCGCAGAUAGAGAUCGACGGGGACGCGGUGAACAUGGGGGCCGCGGUGCAGAUCGCCCAUCUGGCGCUGAAGCACAGGCCGAACAAGAACCAGCGGCAGCGGAUCGUGCUGUUUGCGGGGAGCCCCAUCAGCGAGGAGAAGGACGCCCUUGUCAAAAUCGCCAAGAAGUUGAAGAAAAACAAUGUGGCUGUGGACAUUGUGAGCUUUGGCUGUGAGGCAGAGAAUGCUGAGAAACUCCAAGCCUUCCACAGCGCCGUUACUAGCAGUGACAACAGCCACUACGUCUCCGUGCCUGCUGGCGCCAUCCUCUCGGAUGUGCUCAUCAGCUCGCCAGUAUUCCAGGGCGAGUCGGGUGCUGGGUACAGCGGGACUGGCGGCAUGGAAAACGAAUCCUACGAGUUUGGUGUCGAUCCCAAUCUGGACCCUGACUUGGCCAUAGCGCUGAGAGUCUCUAUGGAGGAGGAGCGCGCGAGGCAGAACGCUGCUGCAAGGGAGGCUGCUGCCCAGAGUGGGGAAGCUGGACCAAGUGGUGAAGAAAAUCCGGCAACUGCGCCUGCGCCCGCAGCAGAGGCAAAGCAGGGUGCAAAGGCUGGUGAGGCCAUGGAGGUUGACGAUGAAGACCCGCUGCUCCAGGAGGCGCUGGCGAUCUCAAUGCAGGCGAUCGGGGAUGAUGUGGCACAGGCGGGGAAGACAGGCCAGGCUGCAGUUGAGGGUGAUGUGUCGAUCACCGACGACGAUGCCCAGCUGCAGAUGGCUUUGCAGAUGUCCAUGGAGGGAGCCAGGCAGGGCCAGAAGGAGGAACUGGACCGGGCAAGUGUGCUGAGUGUGGCAGCCAGGCGGCCAUAA